ACCACACCAAAACCAAAUUGCCUCUACAUAUCUCUCUUAUUAGACUCUAUUUUACAAAUUACAAACAAAGAAACAAAACUCUUACCUUUAUACAUAUAUUCAAAAUCUUUUUUCAUUUCUCAAUCAAUCUCUUUGUUUCUUCCAUUUUGAUUUUAAAAAAAAAGAGUGUAAUCACACUAAAAUGUGUGGUGGUGCAAUUCUUGCUGAUAUCAUUCCUCCUCGUAACCGCCGUUUGUCAUCCAACGACUUAUGGCCAAGUUCUGAUGAUUUCUGGCCAGCUUUUUCGUUUUCCAAGCCACUGUACACUGAAAAUGUCCUUGCCAAGACUAAACGAGCUCAACCCUCUACAGGUAAUGAGCAGAUCCAGAAAACGACCAAAAAGAGGCAAAGGAAGAAUCUUUACAGGGGAAUCCGACAGCGUCCAUGGGGUAAAUGGGCAGCUGAAAUUCGUGACCCGAGAAAAGGGGUUAGGGUCUGGUUAGGUACUUUCAACACUGCUGAAGAAGCUGCAAGAGCUUAUGACAGGGAAGCUCGUAAAAUCAGGGGAAAGAAAGCUAAAGUUAAUUUCCCCAAUGAAGACGACCAAUGCUACAUUCAUCCAGAGCCUCCCCGUAACAUUGCUUGCGAAACCUAUAAUACUACUACUUACAAUCACGAAUCAAAUAACUGUUACCCCUUCUACUCUAUCGAAAACACUGAACCUGUUAUGGAACUUGCAAUCGCUAACAAAAAUUCAUCUGGGUCUGUUUUUCAUGGAAUUGAGGACCAAAAUGGGCUGAUUAAAGAAGGAGAGAAGACGGCGAAAAAUUCGAAUGACAGGGUCGUAGAGGAAGAGGUAAAAACAGAGGAUGAAGUCCAGAAACUCUCUGAUGAGCUGAUGGCUUAUGAAUCAUUGAUGAAGUUCUUUGAGUUACCGUAUGUUGACGGGCAAUCAGUGGCGGCGACUGUGAAUCCAGCGGCGGAGGCCGUCGUGGGCGGUGGAUCGAUGGAUCUAUGGAGUUUCGAUGAUGUCAGUCGGCCACAAGCCAAUUAUAAUGUAGUUUGAUGAUUAUUGUUGUUUAAAUGUUGCAGCUUUUCAUUUUUCGAAUUAGGAGAAUUUGGGUUUUUGUAAUUUUUAAUUUUUAAUCAAUUGUGUAAUUUGAUAUGUGUUUUUUUCCUCGAGAAGAACUGUUGAAAAUAAUCUCUAUCGGGUCUCGAAAAUAGAA